AUGUCAUUUGCUGGCAUAUCUCUCAUCAGUGAUGGCAAAGCUGCCAUCGGCCAGUCCAUCGACGUCGCCACAGCCAGCGGGUACCACCUGCUUGUGGUUAAUGGCUACUCGCGUAUCAAUGCCACUACACCUAACGGCAUGAAGAUCCUCUCUCUCGCUUUCAUGGUAGGAGGCCAUCGUUGGUGCAUAUGGUUCUAUCCUAAUGGCGACCGCGGGAGUGCCGACUCAAUAUCUCUCUUUCUGCACCUUAUUGAUGAGAAUGUUGCAGAGGUUCUGAAGGUGCAGUAUGAAUUUAGUUUCAUUGACGAGCUUCAGUAUCAAGAUUCAGCAUUUAUUCGUGCAAGAAAGCCAGACAUUUUCUCCAGCAGUAAACCAUCUUGGGGUUACAAGUCUUUCACGAAAAGAGAUGUCCUUGAGAAAUCAAAGCACUUAAAGGACGACUGUUUCACCAUCCGAUGUGACCUCUCCAUUGCCACGACCAUUGAUCUCUUCAUCAAGGUACCGCCUUCUGGCAUACAACAAGAUAUCAGUGACCUCUUCCUGUCCAAGGAGGGCACAGACGUGAGGUUCAUGGUGUCUGGUGAGAAGUUCGCGGCCCAUCGGUGUGUGCUUGCAGCUCGGUCUGCGGUCUUCAAGACAGAGCUGUUUGGCCCCAUGAAGGAGAGCACAGUAGCAAGUGUCAUAGAUGUAGAAGACAUGGAAGCAAAGGUAUUUAGCGCCUUGCUUGAAUUUAUUUACACCGACACGCUACCUGAUAUGGAGAUAGACAUGGGGGAGGAGGAAGGGGGAGCCCAAGAAGCAUUGUUUUUGCAGCACUUGCUUGCAGCGGCGGAUAGGCAGCAACUCAGGUGGCAGAAAGUCAUGGCGAUGGGUGACCUGGACAGUCAAGCUACAAGAUGGUGCCCUUCCGUCGUCGAAGAUAUCAUCGCUGAACUUUCUCUGAACGAUGAUUAG